GCAAAUCAAUCGAUGACAGCGACGGUUUUGUGCAGUUUGUGGGAGUGACGACAUUUUGUCAAUAAAUUGUAAUUUUUCCCUAAUUCGUAUUUAAAUUUGUAAAGUGUUUAGUGUAAUAAGCCAUAAAAAUGGCAGACAAUGAACAAAAAGCCAUGCAGCUAAUGGCGGAAGCGGAGAAGAAAUUAAGUUCUUCAAAAUCAUUCCUCGGGUCUCUUUUCGGAGGAUCAUCAAAAGUGGAAGAGGCAGUUGAUUGUUAUCUUCGAGCUGCCAACCUAUUCAAGAUGGCUAAGAAGUGGUCGCAAGCUGGACAGGCCUUCUGCAAUGCGGCACAGCUGCAUCUCAAGGCUGGGGUGCGUCAUGAUGCGGCUACAAACUUUGUUGAUGCCUCCAACUGCUAUAAGAAGUGUGAUCCUAAUGAGGCAGUGUCCUGUUUGCUGAAGGCGAUUGAGAUUUAUACCGACAUGGGACGGUUCACUGUCGCGGCUAAGCAUCAUCAGAACAUAGCGGAGUUGUACGAGACAGAGGUCGUGGACGUGUCCCGAGCGAUGCAGCACUACGAGCAGGCUGCUGACUACUUCCGCGGCGAGGAGUCCACCUCCUCCGCCAACAAGUGCAUGCUCAAGCUGGCUCAGUACGCCGCCCAGCUCGAGCAUUACGACAAGGCUAUACAGAUAUACGAACAGAUAGCGAAGUCAUCGCUGGACAACAGCCUGCUGAAGUACAGCGCCAAGGAGUACAUGUUCCGCGCGGCGCUGUGCCACCUCUGCGUGGACCUGCUGAACGCGCAGCACGCGCUCGACAAGUACUGCUCGCUCUAUCCAGCAUUCGCUGACACGCGCGAGUGCAAGCUCGUCAAGGAGCUUAUCGAGCACUUGGAGGAUCAGAACGUGGACGCGUUCACCGAGGCUGUGAAGACGUAUGACAGCAUAUCGCGCCUCGACCAGUGGUACACCAGCAUGCUGGUGCGCAUCAAGAAGCAGAUCAACGACAACCCUGACCUACGCUGAGCUGACAACACUCGCAGCCUCGCUACGUACGCGUAUACGCGCACCUACUGACAUGUAUACUUGUUCCUAGUGACGAGUAUACUUGUUCCUAGUGGCGAGUAUACUUGUUCCUAGUGGCGAGUAUUCUUGUUCCUAGUGGCAAGUAUACUUGUUCCUAGUGGCUAGUAUACUUGUUCCUAGUGGCGAGUAUUCUUGUUCCUAGUGGCAAGUAUACUUGUUCCUAGUGGCUAGUAUACUUGUUCCUAGUGGUGAGUAUACUUGUUCCUAGUGGC